CGCUCUCUCUCUCACACACGCACACACACAUACACACCAGGGGUUGGGGGUGAGAGAGACAAAGCCGUGAUAAUCCGAUUAGGACCAAUUAGGCGUGAGAUUCUGCGACACUAGCUGAAAGCCUUAACACUCUGCAGACAGUUAUACAGUUAUAGAGACAUCUGGACACUCCCAGAGAGACACACACAAAGAUGUGAGUGUGUGUGUAUGUGUGUGUGUGUGUGUGAGAUAGAGUGUAAGGGAGAGAGAGAGAGAGCGAGAGAGAGAGAGUGAGAGAGAGGGAUGUGGACACUCCCAGAGUCAGAGUCAGAGGAAGUGCAGCAGUCACCUCCUCCCUCAGAGCGGGAAGUCACUCUCCUCAGCAUCCUCUCUGCAGGUACGAUCCUCCUCUCCUCAUCAACUUUCAAUCCUUCACGUCUCACGCGCUGCCAUCUAUUCUUAGAGCCAAACUGAUGUUUCAUUUCCAGGAAUAGAAGCGAAUUUCACCACAGCAGCUGUAGCCGGUGAGAGGCUCAAACUUUUUUCUCUCUGUUCCAGGUUCAGUUCGGCAGCUCGGAGACGCGUCAGGAUGUUCUACUUCCACUGUCCACCUCAGCUGGACGGAGAGUGCUGCCGCUCAAACACAUGUAAGUUUACUCUCCAGCAUCUCGACACACUGUCUUCACAUUUAUUUAUUCUAUACGGUUACAAAAUAUUUGUAUUUCCUCUCUUGAAAGUUUGAUCGCGGUGCGUAAUUGCGCGCAAAACGUGUGUUGUUCGAGAAGCGAGAGCAGGCCUGAGCAGCUGAUUUCUCCUAUUUAUAUCCUCAAAAACAGUUAUAUUCUAUACUUUUCGAGAAGAAGAUAAAUUAACGAGGCUAUAUAAGCAAAACUUUUGUUUUAAAAAAGCUGCGAUUCAUUUAAAGAUCAAAACAAAUCACCACAAUCGGCUCUAAAAAGAUUUAUGUUUUCAAAAAAUACAUGAAAUGCUUUUUUUUUAAACUAUACACAGCAGUGACUUUCUAACCACAUACAAUCUUACUAUCUGAUAUCUUAUUUUCUUCGCGAUUCCAAAACUGGAUAUCAGAUCUCUACCUCUUUUUUCCUGUGCUGUGUCAGUCUGCUGGCUGUUGUGGUGAACAGAGCUGCUGGUUUUUGGCCCCGGGGCAGAAGGGCUGUUUUGUCCCGGGCACAGAUGUUGGGUGUCAUGGCUCUUAGUCCGUCAUGGUUCCCCUCAGACUCCCGACAUCAAUGUUUCAUGGAACUAAUGGAAACACGAAAAUGUGCCAGAGAGUUUAUACCCGAAUCUACGGGCUUUGGCCAAAAUAUAAAACAUUAUUCCUUCUUUAUACAUAAAGCUUUUUUUUACCGUAAUUGUUCAAUUAUUUUGACCUAAAAUUUAAUUUUAAAAAAGAGACCUUAUUUUACAAAGUGUAUAAAUGAUCUCUGCUUGACUCUGUUUCAGUGAAUUCAAGCGGAUUUGGUAACCACGCUCCUGCAGACUUUGAUGAUGGAUUUCUACGAAGAAAACAGCGCAGAAACAGAACUACAUUCACUCUGCAACAGGUAACCAUGAAGCUGGGGGAGAGAGAUGUAAGAAAUAUGAAGAAAUAUCUAAAAACAAAUCACUUAAAGGGGGGCAGACACAGGCCUGUGAAAGUCAAGGAAAAGAAAACAACAAUUUGGAAAGACUCUCUAAAUGAAGACUUUUACAGCUCAGUUGUGUCCAGAUAACAAAACAAAACAUUAAAGAUUUAUUAAUUGAUUAAAAAACUAAAACAGGAUAAUAACAUAACUUCAGCAAAUCAAUAUAAAUCUAAUUGAAACGAUUAGAAAACUUACACAGACUUUUGUAGUUAAAGAUCCUGGAUGGAAAUGUCUCUAAACCAUCUGGUUUUCAACUCAUUUGAGUUUAAAGCAACUUUUAUCCUUUUUCAUUUCUCCUAGAGCUUAUUCUAACUUCCUCACCAUUUUAUAAAUCUUGUAUUCAGAUGAAAAAUUGUCCCAAUAAUAAAAACAGGCUACAGCAGAUCAGGGGGGUUAGAGACUCAAAGAGAAACUUGUAAACUAAAUAAACUGAAUCCACAAUCAUCCAACUUUGCUCUUUUUUCACAGUUAGAGGCUUUGGAGGCUGUCUUUGCGCAGACUCACUACCCGGACGUGUUCACGCGCGAGGAGCUGGCCAUGAAGAUCAACCUGACCGAGGCCAGGGUGCAGGUACGUGUUUCUGCAGCUUUAGCGGCGUCAUGCGUCCUGCACGGGCACGUUUGACCACGCGAGGAAGGGUAAAUGAAGCCACUCUGUCAUCCCGGCGAUGCACUUUAAUAACAUCAACAUAAUGGUGAAUAUUAGAUUAGCUUGAUUAAUCGGUCAUUCAUAAUUAAGCAGCGAUAAUGUUCCUCACUAAUUUGUCCGCGUCUCAAAGGUAGGAAUACAUCAUCCGUGCAGAUCUCUGUCCCGUUACGCACAGAGAAAUAUGGUUUAAACUCUCCUUUUCUGUCAAACACACACACACACACACUUUCCAACACAAGAAAAACCCACACACCUUAAAUUCGCCAAUUUAUAUUCCGCUCCUGCCCUGCACAUAUGCGCGGUUAUAAACUUGGCCAGAUGUAAUUAAGUUAUGUGUCCUGUAUGUAAUUUCCUGCAUUCCAGAUUUGCUUUUGGGUUUUGUUGUGCGCGCAGAUCUAAUUGUGGGAAAUAUAAUAGUUUGCCUUUUGUUCCCCUGGGUCAUCUUACUAUCGCUUAAACCCAAUGGCGGGGUUGAUAAUGGAAUCCAGCGCUGUAAAUUAGGGAUUGUAAACAAAUUAUUCCCCUCCUAAUCCGAUUACCACAUUCCUAUUAUUAAAUCUGAACAUGAAUCCAGCGCAGUAUGCAGGGAUAUUAAACUUACAUUAUUAUUAGAAAAUAAAUUUCCUUUCUGUUGUAGUGUUGUUGCCCCCCUUUUUGUAAAGUGUCAAUGGGCCUCCCCCGCAUUAAGAGCACGCGGCAAAUUGAGAUUAAUGGAGCAAUUAUAGCCCAUUCAGAGAGGGGUGUGUGUAUGGGGGGGCCGCGACUUCUAGCUGGAAGGUGCAGGGGUGAGAUAAGUCCAUUGGUUGCAUUGUUGUCCUGCCACCAAAAUGUUGUCCUUUCUUUAUGCCGAAUGAAUGCACGUGUUUUGUUUGGCUGUUGACAUCGUUUCUACCUCCACUAACAAUAGCAGGGAUGCAGAGCACACACAAAACACACACACACACACCGGCUCUAACCUCCAUUCACACAUCAUGAUUAAUGCCUGCUAGAACCCAGUCCUAAUCGAAUCUGAUGUUGUCAAACAAUCACUAAAUAGGGAAAUAAACGACUUCAUCAUAGCUGCCCCUCUCUCGGGCAGCACAACUGUCAGUGGGAAGUCAUUAAAAUAUGAUAAUGAAAAAUUGCUCAAUUAAAUGUUGUUAUAGGCAGUGACCUUCAUUCGAUUAAGACACCAGAACUUGCCUAUAUGUUCUCCCUCUGUGUGGAUGGGGAAGUUUUGGGACAAGUCAGGGGGCUGUGGGACAUUUAAGCGCCGGUGUGAGACAUCCUAACACCUCUCAUGUGCAGGACAAAACAAAGAAGUUGAGGAUAUGUUUGAACUUUGCUUUGUCUCUUCACACGCUGGGAAAAUACUGAACUGAUGCGCUUUAUGUUGGAAUUUUUUCAACUGUGAAAUAAAAGAAUUAUUAGUAAGAAAAAAUAAAUGAAAACUGCUAAUGUGUUGGUAAAAGUGGCGGAAUUACACUUUUAAUUAGAAAAAUUAAUCCAAUCUUUUUAAUGUUGAUUCUUUUUUUUUUUAAAUGCAGGUUUGGUUUCAGAACCGCAGAGCAAAGUGGAGGAAGACGGAGCGAGGGAGCUCAGACCCAGAAGGAGGUAAAGACCAGAUGAGCGAGGGCACUCCUCCGUCUCGCAGCAUCAACUCCACGUCUCCUGUGGACCACAGCAGGAAGCAGAAAGAACCGCUGGAAAUGCAGCAGAGGUGAGGACAGGACGGAGGGAUGUUUACACUAUUGUGAAGCAGCUAUAGGGGAAAAAAUGCGUAACAGAAACGUAGCUGCUGCGAUUUUGCAAACUGAUGUCAGGAUUUAAAUGUGAAUGAAUUUCUUCCAAAACCUCCUUAAGAAAUCCAGAACAUUCCUGUCGCUCACAUAAACUUUUCCCACUCAGUUGACUCUAAUAGCUCAAAUAAAAUAAGCUUUCCAUUUCACAGAGCAAUUAGUAAAAGAAAUAAAUACAAGUGUACCUAAAGAUGACUGGACCUUGUUUUCUCCAGCAUUAACAGGUCAGUGGGUCCAAGUGGUCCGUUCUUCCCUUCAUGUAUCCCAGGAACUCUCCUCAACUCUGCCACCUACGCUCAGGCCCUCUCACAGGUCGCCACCCUGAAAGGUAAACACCGCUUCAAUUAAUCGCCACACACAGAUAACCUGCUAUUCGUCUCAGUCCAUUUGUUUGUCUGUCGUUUUCAGUCUCUCCCUACACUCCACUUCUUCAGCUCACACAGUCACUGCAGACGGCUGUCCACAAAGUUCCUACCUGUUAAAAAGCUGCUUUUCUUUGCCACUGUUUCAAAGAGCUUUCUCAUUAGUGAAUUAAUAUCGUGUGUCUGUUUAUAAAACAAAAAAUAGUUAAUUUGUUCCAUUGUUCAUGUCGUUUUAUCACACCAUCAAAACCAGCACCUACAAACUGAGGAGCAGCUUCUUCAUCUGAGGUGCAGCAACCGAUUACAUCCCAAUCUCCCACACACACCUUUAAACAGCUGCUCAGGAUUAUUUUAUAAAAAGACGACUGGACUUUUUUUUCUCACCUUGUAAUAUUUUUUUCUGCUCUUUUAUAUUUUGAUGUGUGUAUUGCUACAGGGCUGAGUGUCACGAAAAAUGAUAUGCACACAAAGACAAUGGAGUGUCCAACUUCUCCAUAAAUGAGGACGGACUAAUAAAUUGAAAAAUGAUAACGUGAAAAUGAAAUUCUGGUUGGAACUACUCUCACUGGAGUUCUUUAAUCUUUCAGGUAAUGGUUUGUGCUCCUGCUGUGUCUCUGACCCCAUGGGUUUGUCCUUCCUGCCGCCCUACGGUUGUCAGGGCAACCGCACCGCCAGCGUGGCCGCCCUGCGCAUGAAGGCCCGUGAACAUUCAGAGGCGGUGCUCCAGUCGGCGAACCUGCUCGGAGCUGCGGCAGGUGGGCCAGGUGCCGGCGUGGGAGUCCUGUCUGGAGUCAGCGUGAGCGCAGCCGGGGUGUCGAGACCCUCCGUGGGCCCCGCCAUCGAGGUUCCCGGCUCUGUGGGGAGAGGCGGGGACAGCUCCAGUCCCGGUCUCUCCAACAAGGUGCCGGUACUGGGCGGGAGUCCUGAUAAACACCCUCACUGCUCCAAGGAUCAGCUGGAGAAAAAGUGAGGCGCUGGACUUAAACGUGGACGUACUGAUAUCUGAAUCUGUCAUCAUCGCAGUUGUUCCAUCUCCACUUCAACCUGAGAAACGAAGCACAACCACUGACUGACUCCAGAAACAUCCUUCGGAAAGACUCAAUAUCACAAUGUGUGGAUGCAGACAUGAAAAUAUUUAUUUGACUGUAAAUGAUUAUAAUUGUUUUUGAGAAAUGCUGAAUAUUUGGGGCCUUGUUUUCCCCGGUAAAGCACAAGUGUGGUUUGGAUCUAUAUCUGUCUUCAUGCACUCUUGGACUCUAUUUAAUGGACUUACAUGUGUGCUGCAAAGACCUAUUUGAUAAUGUGAAUUUAACUAAUCCAGAUGCUUACAUUGUGAAUGUUAAUGCAUGUAUACUGUACGUGUAGAACUACUGGUGGGACUGUGAGGACGUUGGCAAUAUAAUGUUUCUGCCAUCAGGUCAGUAACAGCUCAAUCAAUCUCUCAUCCUCUUGAUUUUUAAAGUGAAAGUGCACUUUAAUAUUUAUCAGCCAUUUUUCUAUGUCAAUGUGUACAUGUGCCAGAAUUCAGUCUUUGUCCCAGGGACAGAGAGAGAGAGAAAGAGAGAGAGAGAGAGAGCGCCGUUUGUGUCUUCUUCUCUGUUAGCACGUCUGGAGCGUCAGCAGACAGGGAACACACCGGGCCUGUUGUGACAUGUUCUUUAAAACAAUUAAAGAUGUAGUCGCUCAUGUUCCUCUCCUGUUGCCUCUCGCUCCAGCCAUCUGUUCUGAUACAUUAUUUAUCAGUUUCCCUUAAAGCCGGCAGAGGAGAGCAAUCGUGACUCUUAUUAUUUAUUUACUUUUAGGGCAGCUCAACCUCUUCCUCUUCAUUCUUCUCAUCACAUUUUACGAUGAACCCAAUUAAUGGUGAAAUUUUCCUUUUCGUCAGCGUGGAAUUUGCAUUUAAAAAACACACCACCUCUCAUCACCUCAGGGCUCUCUGUGCGGCGGUACAUCACAGGCCGGAUUUGUCAGCUCUCCUCACUACAUCGACUCUUGAAUAAAGAAUCGGCUGAUCACAUCCAGAAUACUUAACCGUCGAGCUCACGGCCGGUAGUUUGGCUGAUUCAAUUUGCGUCCUUGAGGAUUUUCAGGAAAUUACUUUUGAUAGUCAAUAACACAAUUAAGUAAACUACACACACAUUAUCAUGAAUAAUUGAUAAGAAAUUAUGUAUUACCAUGAAGUACUGGUUCAAUAAUUGAUGAGGCGACACCCCGGUGACACAGAGGAGGGAGAUAAUGUCAGAAGUCGUGCCAGGUUGUACACAGAGCACUUACAUCCUCUUUUUUUAUACCAUCAUUAGGUUUGCAUGUUGUAAAUACCCGACAAAUAUGACAAUAAAAUGAUGCUUUUAGUGUCUAUGAGUCACCAAUUUGGCAGAUUUGAUGGGUUUUCGUUUUAUUUGAGAACACCAUAUUUCCCAUAAGAAAGUGCACACCAAUAAAUUUGCUCCUUUGAGACGGAAAUGUGGAAAUAAAGUCGAAAUAAAGUUUCAAAACCAGAA